UUUUCAUUGCUUUGUAUUCGACGACUUGAUUCGUUAAACAAACCAACAUUCGGCGCUGUCAGAUUGGUGACAAUAGCAUUCACAUAUAUUUGUGUAAAUAUAGCAUUGGCUGGUGUUUGUGUGUUUUUCAAGAACUGACGCUAGUAUAUGUGUGUGUUGCCGGCAUACUACUGUUACACAUCGAUAUUUAAAACGCAAAACAAAUAUAUUUUGACUAAACUUCAACAACAUUUCAACAACGAAUGAAUUUUACCGCUCAUCAGUCAGUAACACAUGUUUGAUUUUUAAUUUAAUGACGAAUAUUGGUCGUAUUUAAUCGAGAAGAUUUACCUGGUCAAAUCAUGUCAAGCAGAUCGAGUUCAUUUGAUAGUAUUACAUUAUCGAGUGAUAGCGGCCAUGAUAAUGAUUCAAUGCGAUGUUCACCAGCUCUGUCAGCUAUUACGAUCAAUUCAACCGAUUCUGGCACAUCAGGUCAUGAUAAAUUGAACUAUCAUUUUUGUUCAUUCGUGCAAGACAGCGCCAGAAAUAGGAAAGAGAUAUGGGCAGUGGAUUUCAAUCAUUUUUUGAAAGAUGGCGAAGAAAACAUUUUUGCGGCGGUCAGUGGUCCACGAUUUUAUGUGUACAAAACAACAGCAAAUGGUAAAAUGGAAUUGUUGAUGUGCUUUGAGGAUGCCGAUCCGGACGAAGAUUUUUGGACGUGCUGUUGGUCGGUGAACGUAUCACGGGCACCGAUAUUGAUAACAGGUGGCAGUCGAGGAGUUAUCCGAAUCGUUAACAUCGAUCUAGCCAAAAAUGAUUGGGACGUUGAGCCCAAUAAUUUAAUCGGACAUGGUGAAGCGAUUAAUCAAGUGAAAAUUGCACCACGUCAACCAUACCUUUUGGCAUCGGCUUCGAAAGAUCGUUCGAUUCGCUUGUGGAACAUUGAAACAAAAGUUUGUAUCGCAACAUUUCAUGGCGUCGAUUCACAUCGUGAUGAGGUCGUAUCGAUUGAUUUUAAUUUCGAGUCCACCAAACUCGUGUCUGGCGGGCUCGAUCAUAUGGUUGCUAUUUGGGAUUUGACAACACCAGAAAUUAGUGCAGCCAUCGAAAUGAGUACAAAAUACGACGCAAAUACAAGUACACGUGACUUCAAAACGUUUUUUCAUCCAUUUCCAACAUUUACAACGCGUCGCAUACACAAAAACUACGUCGAUUGUGUUAAAUGGUUUGGCGAUUUUAUUCUGUCAAAAUCGACAGAGAACGACUUGUGCGGUUGGAUGACAGAUAUCUUGCCAUGUGACUCAAAAUAUCUUGGAACACUUGCCGCACCACCAGAUGCCUGUACGAAAUUGAUUGAAUUCAAUGUUGAAAACUGCGACUAUUAUUUUGUUCGUUUCGCAACCAAUACAAUUCGCGGCAUUUUGGCGAUAGGUAAUAUGAAAGGAGUUGUAAGACUAUUUGAUCUCGAAACUGGUGAUAUUGCAUUUGAAACAAUCACCAAUUCAAGAUGCACCAAAAAUGUAAGAGAUUUGUCGUUUUCACGGAAUGGACGUGAUCUGGUUUUCUGCAGUGAUGACGGAAAAAUUUGGCUCUAUCAAAAUUAAAAUUCAACAUAUUUGAUUGAAUCAAAAAAUAUAUGAAUAAGAAUUAAGCUGCCUUACAUUUGAAAUUAUUUAUUGGAUAUCUUUUUAAAAUCUUCAUGGAAUGAAAGGUUGAAUGAAAUGUAUAAAACAAAAUAUUACCACAAUCAAAUGUAAAAAAAGCAACUAGAUUAACUAAUAACAAUUGAAAGCAAAGGGGAACUAUUUUUUGUUUAUCUUGAAAAACUAAAAUCAAAGAAAAAUCUUUUGUUAAGCUGCAUAAAGCGUUCUCGAUG